AUGAGGCGUUCGAUAGAGGAUUCUUUCCACGUCCUGGGGAAGGUGAAUGAGGGAACCUUUGGGGUAGUGUACAAGGCGGUCAAGGCAGAGGACAAGGAGAAAUACGAGCGAUUCAAGCACAACGCAGCAGAGCUGAGCAAGAUGACCUUCCUUGCUAUCAAGAAGCCUAAGAACUCAAGAGAGGGAGAAGGCUUCAACAAGGAUGCGGUGAGGGAGAUCGCCCUGCUGAAGGAGCUUUCCCGCCACCAGAACAUCGUGACGCUGAGGGACGUGGUUCUUUGCCCUGAGGGGUCUGCAGCCACCAAGGGACUGUACCUGGUGUUCGAUUGGGCCGAGUUCGAACUCUGUGAGAUCCUGAAGAAUCACAGAGACAAAGGGAUGAAGCCGCCGGGGGAGAGGAUGGUGAAGUCGAUCAUGUGGCAGAUUCUGAAUGGGAUCAGCUACAUCCACCACAACUGGAUUAUCCACCGCGACCUGAAGCCCUCCAACAUCCUCAUCAUGGGCAAGGGACAGGAGUAUGGACGAGUGAAGAUCGCGGACUUCGGCAUGGCGAGACUGAUCCAGCAGCCCCUCAGGGCCCUGCACCUCGAUGGUGUAGUAGUGACAGUUUGGUACCGGGCUCCUGAGCUGCUGAUGGGGGCGAAGCAUUACUCGAAAGCGAUUGACAUGUGGGCUCUGGGGUGCAUCUUCUGCGAACUGAUGACAAACACGCCUGUGUUCCAAGGGAAGGAGGACAAGCAGCCGAAAGCUCUGCAGGAGGACCAGAUCCGUAAGAUAUUCCGCGUCAUUGGGAAACCCACAGCACAGGAUUGGCAACAGAUUACGGAAUUGCCGGAAUGGAACAAGAUAGCUGCUCUCAACAUUCCUGUACGUUGUCUCUUGUGA